AUGGAGCAACCUGUUCAGCGCAGUUAUACAAGAGCAACCCUAGACUAUCUCGGAGCACACUACGUUGGCGCAGGCCCUGAAACAUGCAGCUACACCACCCAAGGCAUCCAGAUCCCCAUGCGCGACGGCAUCGAGCUGGCUGGCGACUUCUACGCGCCAGACUUACCCGAUAACCAAGCACCCGCCGGUCUAAUCCUAAUCCAGUGCUGCUAUGGUCGCGGCGCAGGCAUCUCUUUCAUGGAUGCCCGCGUCUUCGCUGCUCGAGGCUUCCAGGCCCUCUUGGUUAGCACACGCGGCACCUACGGCUCCGACGGUAUUUUCGACCCCGGCAGCAAUGAACAAUCCGAUAGCCAAGAUAUCGUGGUCUGGAUGCGCCAGCAGCCCUGGUAUCCGGGCUCCUUUGCUACCCUGGGCCCCUCGUAUCUCGGCUACAGCCAGUGGGCGCUGUUGCACGACCCGCCGGCCGAUUGCGUUGCUGCAGUCAUCCCCGUGGGGCCUCAUGAUCACGCCUGGCACGCAUGGGGUACCGGGUCUUUUCGGCUGGACCGUGCAUCCUGGAGCGAUAUGAUGUCCAGGACAGACGACCAGAGGGGACGCCUUCUUCUCUCGCGGCUGUCAAGUAUUCCUGGGCUGGGCUUUUUGCGGUCGUCGGAGCUCGACGAGGCUGUGGCUGGUCUGCCGCUAGACGCCAGUCUGCAGAAGUACUUCGGUGACAAAGCCCCAUGGCUCUUUGAGUAUUUGAAACAUCCCAAUGUGGAUGAUGUGUACUGGACGCCACGACGACACCAGAUUGCUCUUGAGCGGGUGAAGAUCCCUAUCUUGUUGAUUAGUGGUUGGUACGACACCUUCACGACGCAGACGAUGCACCAGUUCAAGCACCUGCAUGGUAGAGGUGUGAAUGUCCGCCUGGUCGUCGGCCCCUGGACACACGUCCAAGCCUCGGGUCUACAUUCCAUACCAGAGAUAAUGGAUUUCCUCGCCGAGCAUCUGGCCAAAACUGUUAAAUACAAUCGCUUUCCAGCUCACAUUUUCAUCACCGGCGCCCAGGAAUGGCGCUCAAUGCCUACCUGGCCCCCAGCUACACGACCGGCCGUUUUCUAUCUACAAGAAAACAGCUGCCUGGGAUCGAAGCAGCCUACACAGGACGCGAACCCCGCAUCCUUCGUCUUCGACCCCCGAAGCCCUACGCCCAGUAUCGGCGGCAACCAAAUGUCUGUCGGCGGACGAGUAGAUGACAGCGCCUACGCAAACCAAUCAGAUGUCCUCACCUUCACGAGCGAGCCCCUCUCAGAAGACCUCGAGGUUCUGGGCGUUCCGUCCGUCCAUCUAAUUCACGCCAGUGACCCGCCCUUCGCAGACUUGUUCGUGCGGCUCAGUGAGGUCGACGCCCAGGGCGUGUCCCAUAACAUCACUGAUGUAUACAAGGCGCUUGACCCUAUGCGCGAAAUGUCUCAUCCAAUUAGACUGGAUCUGCAAGACUGUGCUCAUCUGUUCCGGGUGGGUAUGCGGGUGAGACUGAUUGUGGCGGGCGGUUCUUUCCCGAUGUAUGCGAGAAGUCUGGGUACUGCUGAAAAUCGCGUACGUAGUGAUAAAACAGCUCCCCAGAAGCAUAUUAUUUCUAUUGCUGGCGGGGUAUCGCAACUUACUUUGCCUGUUAGAGCUGCUGUUUGA